CAAAGGCUCACUACAGUAUCCAUCUACUCCUUUACAAUAUUAAGGUAGACAAAAUCAAGUAGAAAGGGGGGCAAACGAGUGUCCAGGAUAGUAAGUCGAAGAAGAAGAAAAGAGAAGAUGAUGACGCUCAAUUGUGCUAGUAAAACGAUCAGUACGGGCGAUAUGACGCAGGUUCAGCUACCAAAAGCUAGCCGUAAUAGAGGAACGGGAUGUGCAAGUAGCGCAUCUUGGGCAUGCGCAAAAAGGAGCUCUGCUGCGACAACCACUUCAAGAACAGCGUCCAUGUGUCGAAAAGAACAUCAAUCCUCGUCUUUUCAUCAAGGCGGUCUACUUGUACUAGCGCCUCAUCAUGCUGGUCUAGAAGAAGGGUCGCAUGUUCAUGAACUUCAGAAAAAGCGCUCCUCUUCGUCGUGUCUUCAUCGUUUAGUGGCAACUUCUGGCUCUUGGAAACAGCUUCCGUCGGCGGGUGUUUUGUCGAAGAGCAACAAGGCGAUGUUGUGGUCUUCGCACAUCUUCCACGUUGUCGUGACAGUUAUUUGCUUCUUUUGCGUGGGGCCUGCUCCAGGUGGGGCCUUAGGCAUGAACAUCUUGCUGCAGGGUGGAAGCGUGCGCGACGCUUCCUGUGCGCCGCUGAUCAGCGGACAAAACUCUGUCGAGCUAUCCGGAUACGCACCUAUGCUUCCGGCUUUUCAACGCGCGUUCACAGGAUCGGGUCCGACCUUGCUACCCAGUUCUCGCCGACGGAGUCGCCGUGCCGCUUCUGCUGAUGCAUUCAACCUUCAGGAUAUGGUCAAGUUUUCGCAGAAAAGGCCCCGCAGCUUGGUGUACUUUUCUAACCCGAUGAUGCCAUCGAUAACGCCACUGGUCAAGGGCGGCCAAAUUUUGACGGAGAAUAUCUCCAUGCAUAAAUUUACGCGCCCCCUCGGAACGGUGAUGCCGCCCGGCCAACCGACUAACCAGAUGAACCUCCAGGUCUUUUCGCAAACAGAAUACAUGAUCCAAGCAUCCACAUACUGCAUCAGCGAGGAAGAGGCAGCAAAAAACUUGUCCCUAUUGAGGGAAAACCUUGGUAUUCUGAUAGAUACUGAUUCAUAUUCUAUCUACGAAAUUUGAAUUUCUAGUAGACGGUUGACUACUAGUUGUACCCUCUAUGUAUAGUUGUAGUAGUUACCAAUGUAAAAGUUCUACUCGUGCUUAUGACCUGAUACUUCCACUACCACUGCCACUUCCUCUCACACGACGACCAGGCCUAAUGCAUUUUGUGAAGUACAAUCUUGCUGGUGAUUGUAUCUUGGGCCUCACGCGUGCUCACCAUGGUUCGGUCUUCUUUGACUUUCCCGCAGUAGAAUUUCCGACAAAUGAGGACAAAAUAUUGAGAUUUGAAUUAGCACGAGGAGGAAACUUCAUCUACAGUAACGGGGUUCCGGGACAAGACCGAGCACAUGGGUCGAUGGUCUCAUACUUAUGAUCUUUGGGUUGUUUGAUAACACCGAAGAAACUAAAAUCUGUUAAAUUUUUGAUGAUGAGUGUGAGGUUGAGUUCAGUUCCACUUCGACGAUUGACAAUUGAUGAAGGCUCAUCGUAUUUAUCCUUAAGAAAACUACUUCUUACACUAUACUUAAGAAGAAUAACUGCAGCAGGCAUUACAACUUCAGGCUGAAGUAAAAAUACCUGGCGCAUUUAUUCGCACUCUCACUCUUCUACUUGUCAGCACUGCUUUAAAACGAGAAAGAGGAUGGAUAUGAAGCACCGUCUGCAUACGACUUAGCGGACAUGAACGUGUUCUCUCAAAAAUCCUUAACGUUGUGUGGAAGAACAUCUUCAAUAAAUGAAGCGCGCCAGCACCGGUUGCAUAUCCUCACAAUUAUCUUCUAAUUGCCGAGCGAUUGGGGUACCUGCUUUCCGAUAAGUCACCACUGGAUGCGUUCGGGUUGGCGUCGGAGACGAUAUCGGCUACGACUACUUACGACCUCUUGGCGAGCAAUUGCCUGAAUUACGUCUCGCUACUUGCUGCCAGUGCAUUGAGCGCGAAUACGCUGAAUCUACAACAGCUCCCGGAAGACAAAGAGAAACACUGCAUCAAAAAGUACUACUUUAUUUUUGACCUACUUUGAAUAUCUUCUUGAGACAGUCAUGCUGCUUUCCCGGUGAAGUAUAACUACAGAGAGUCUCUUUUAUCUUUUAACAAUGUGAAUGUGUUGCUGAUGAAAGACCAGAGGAGCCGAUAAAUGAAGAGAGUCAACUAGUACUUACAACGAACUUCAACAGUAUUGAAACAUUAUGGUUCUUGGGUCGAUGACACUGGACAACCUCUUCUCAGUCACUAGCAUGAAAAAUUGUGAUAAAGUUGAUGAAACGGAAACACAAAUUUCUUGUUCUAAUAUAAUGUAUUGCCUAUUCUAUUUUUCUUUUCACAGUUCUAGUUUCAUUGCCACGUAGUUGAUGUUGAGCCUCAAAAUCACUAUAAUCCUUGACAAUACGACAGUUCCAAUUGCCUUGCGCGGACUGGAAAUAUGCUCCGCAAUGCGUGGAGUUGCUGCGCUGGUGGCUGCGCACAAGUCCAGGACAGUGAGCCGUUUGAUGACCUUUCGCGAACUCAUUUGAAGCUGAAUCAAUGGUCGCAGCCCAGCAGCAGAAAAAAAAAACGUGCGCUUUUCUGGUGCUGUUAAGCGAGUUAUUGGACGAGUGCUUGACGUUGACAGAAACUUAGAAGCUUUUUCUCUACGUUACGUAGUGGUAGCCUCAGAAGCCUUUCUAGCUCAAGAUGUACAUGCAGAUGCAGCUGCAGUAGCUGGUCCCAGCGUCGAAUUUAGAAGACCGACUACGUCCUCGUGAGGCGAUUACUUACAUUUUGGAAGAAAGAAAACUCUGGGUAGAAUUAUUAUUAACUGGAUCAGAAUCUUGAUUCAAUUUCAACACCAAGAAUACAACCGGUUCCAAUCAUGUUGCGGGAAAUGUACAGUCACCUUUGAAAAUAGAACACUUGCAGCCAGCACUCGUGUACAGGAGCCCCAUGUUGCAUACACGCUUCUUUACAUACUCGCACUAGUAUCUGGUCGCGGCCUAGCACAAUCGGAAUCUGAUGAGGCUAUCGUAUCAGGUGUACGAGCCCCAGCCCCUUCUUUUGUCGUGUAUACGUAAGAACCGUGGUAAGACGAGAAAAAAUACUAGUAUCAUGUGUAGUAAUACUACUAUCAUCAGUAGAAAAACGACUUCCGCUCUUGUCCGCAUGAAGAUGAAGCACGCGCCCCAGACUCAGACAAGGACUUAAACAAUCGGCGAACGAGCGGAAGUUCUUGGUCCACCAGCACUGGAUUAUAUUUUGUGUGUAGUUCAUCUUCUAAUGAUAAAAAAUCGAGCAUAAUCCACUAACAAAACCUGGUGGAGCUCUCUUGGUGUUUGCUAAAACGUUCAGGCUCACUCAUAUAGAUCAUAUUAUCAACUAUGCUCAUAGCCAAUAUAGAUACCUGUUGAUGUUGUCGUGGUAAUACACGUACUUACAUCAAAGUUCUGCAUCUGUUGUCUGCGAAAUGCAAAUACUUACUAAGAUCAAUUGUAGUAAAUCUGUAGUUAGCAAAAAGUCUAACCUACGCAGUGUUGUCUAUCUGUCAUAUUAUUAAGAACAAGACCGAACUUCUUACAACAAGUACAUGAGAUGAUGGUGAAUUUAUUUAAGAUUGUUCUUAUAGAUCGCGAACAUAAAGAGAUAGUACAAGUAUUGUGACCGUCAUCCUCAGAGGAACAAUCAAUAUAUGAUCACUUAGGAGGACGGUGUGGCAUGCUCCUUAAAGUACAGUCGUGAACUUCAUCCAUUUUGAAUAUUUCGACAUCCUCGUAAGAUUUCCGUAUCCGAUUUGCUUUCUUCAAGCAAAAGGCGGUGAAAUUGAGUGAUGGCAAUUUUGCACUGGAUGAAGCAUGUACUUGACUGAAGCAUACUAGCACCAUUUCGAUGUUGGCAUUUAAUACAUCAUGUACUUGCAAACACGAAGACGAACAACUGUCAUGAUAAACCCACGUUUUGGCAGACUUAUCUUAGACAUGAUGAUCAGCUGCAGCUCCCUGAGCACUAAUAUCUUGGGGACAAGAUCGUCACAGACAUCGCGGAAUACGGGAACAAAAAUAGCAGGGUUCUCGACGAGGUGAACGUGGAGGUAAGCUUCCUUGAACACAG